AUGCCACAGUCCUUUUCCUUUGUCAACUUUGAUGGGCCGAACCUCGUCCCCGAUGCGCAGGUUCGGCGGCGCAUCCGGCAGCAGGCGAUGAGAGACACCGCAGUGGCCCGGAAACAGAGAGGCGAUUAUGGCAAGCAUAACAUGAGGCAGUAUCCUGUCUUUAUAAGUCAGGCCGACGGCUCUAAGGUUGCGAAGGAUAUCCCCGACUCAAAUGAACUACAGCGCAUUCGCCAAUCUAUAGAUCUCUACGUACCGUUUUCCUUACAGGAUCCCAGGAUGCCCAAAGAAUUUUCCUUACUUCUUAAUCUUAUGCCGCUGACUGGUCUUCGUCUUGGUGUUGGCACCCUUUCUCACUAUCUCUACGAGCCAACUCAGCCCAAAGACGCCAUCGUAACAGCACAGGCCUCGAGCCAGAGGCUUCUAUCCUUCAUUCCAAGCCGAUAUGGACAUGUGCAGCUACUUCGCCACGCAACGGAUAGUGUCAUUGCGAAGCUCCAGUACCUUUCGCAACUAGAGGAAAACAGAUCGCCAAAAGGGGACUUGAAAGCGCUGAUGCACUAUCAGAAGGCGCUUCAAGCGCUUCAGGAAGCAUUACUGGAUGAACGCGAGUGGGCGAAGCCAGAAACACUUUGUGCGACACAGCUUUUAGGGAUCUUCGAGGCCUUGAAUGGAAAUGAGAAAGAUUCUUGGAUGCAGCACGUCGGUGGUGCAGCUAGACUCGUGGAAGCUCGAGGAGCUCACAUGUUCCAGUCGGAAUUUGAAAAGGCCCUGUUCUUGUCACAUAUUGGGCCAACGGUCAUGUCAGCAUUUCUGAGCAACACGCCCUGCUUCUUGGAACAAUCACAGUGGCAGGCCGUUAUUCGAGAAGCCGUCAACGAAGACGCGACUCUUUCAAACGACAAAGAAUUUGUUCUCGCACUAUGGGGCGGCCUUAUUGAGCUGCCCAGGCUCUUCAAAGACACCACGGCACUUCUGAUGGCGCCCUGUCCGCCUCCACAGAAAGUUGUUGACGAUCUCAUAGAGCGCUUAUUGGCAAAGCGUAAAAAUCUCAUGAUAUGGCUGACUUUACUAAGAAAGAAUCCUAUAGUCAAAGAUGGAGGGCUAGUAGAUGAUGAAAACGGCGUUCUCAUCUUUUCUCCAGAUUUUGACUAUAAGACUUUGGGACCCUGGUGUCUAACACGCAUAGGGCUGCGAGGCACUUACGCAGUGUGUCGAAUGGUCAAGUCACGGCUCUUGUACGCUCUGUCUCCUGAAAAAUUCCAGCAUCUGGAAAACGAAGCGCAGGAUAUAGCCCGCCGCAUUCUCAAUUUGCAGGAUGAUAUGGCAGCCGCCAAACAGUCAGCCUUGAUCUGGAAUCAGUUCAUGGCUCAGGGAAGCUGGAUUGCAAAGGGGAUUGUGGAAACAAAGGAUAUAUGGGGCGAGAAACCGCACAGAGAUGAAAGUAUGCUUGAGAAAUGGAAAUUUGAAAAGUGGAACAAGGUUAUAGGAAGGAAAAUAUCCUAG